UCCCCCCCCAACCUCCGGAGCUGGGAAGAGAGUCAAGAUGGCGGCGAAAUCCGAUGGCGGUGGCGUGGGGGUGGGCUUCGCCCAGCUGCACAACCUGGACGAGGCGGUGGGCAGCGGCGAGGAGGACGGGGAGCCCGGGGGAGGCGGCUGCGGCGGCGACGGCAGCGAGCCCGGCGAGAGCAGCUCGCUGCACAUCUGCCACUGCUGCAACACCUCCUCGUGCUACUGGGGCUGCCGCUCCGCCUGCCUGCGCUCGCUGCUGGGCAAGAAGCCGCGCCGCAGCGCCGCCGCCGCCGACGGGGGGGACCAGCCGCUGCAGCCGCCCGGGGCCGCCGGCCGCCACCCCCCGACGCCCUCGGCCGGCCGACCGCAGCCCGCGUCGCCGCAGGUGGAGCGGCCGUGGCUCGACUGCCUGUGGAUCGUGCUAGCGCUGCUGGUGUUCUUCGGGGACGUGGGUACCGACCUGUGGCUGGCCCUCGACUACUACCGCAAGGGGGACUACGGCUGCUUCGGGCUGACCCUGUUCUUCGUGCUGGUGCCGUCGCUGCUGGUGCAGAGCCUGAGCUUCCGCUGGUUCGUGCAGGACUACACGGGCGGCGGGCUGGGCGCCGUGGAGGGGCUCAGCAGCCGGGGACCCCCAAUGAUGGGGGCCGGCUACGGCCACGGCGCGGCCCGAGGCGGGCCGGGUGCGGGGGGCUCGGCUACCCCGGGGGCGCAGCGUCUGUGCCGCCUCUCCGUGUGGAUCUGGCAGUCUGUCAUCCACCUGCUGCAGAUGGGGCAGGUGUGGAGGUAUAUCCGCACCAUGUACCUGGGGAUUCAGAGCCAGCGGCAGAAGGAACACCAGCGACGCUUCUACUGGGCUAUGAUGUACGAAUAUGCAGAUGUCAACAUGCUGCGCCUCCUGGAGACCUUUCUGGAGAGCGCCCCCCAACUGGUGCUACAGCUCUGCAUAAUGAUCCAGAAGAACAGCGCAGAGACGCUGCCCUGUGUCUCCUCUGUGACUUCCCUGAUGUCCCUGGCUUGGGUGCUAGCUUCCUAUCACAAGCUGCUGCGGGACUCCAGGGACGACAAGAAGAGCAUGAGUUACAGAGGGGCCCUCAUCCACCUCUUCUGGCGCCUCUUCACCAUCUCAUCCCGAGUUAUCUCUUUCGCCCUCUUUGCUUCCAUCUUCCAGCUGUAUUUCGGGAUCUUCGUGGUGGUGCACUGGUGCGCCAUGGCCUUCUGGAUCAUCCAUGGUGGGACAGACUUCUGCAUGUCCAAGUGGGAGGAGAUCCUCUUCAACAUGGUGGUAGGGAUCGUGUACAUUUUCUGCUGGUUUAACGUCAAGGAAGGGCGGACUCGAUACCGAAUGUUCGCAUACUAUACGAUAGUCUUGACUGAGAAUGCUGCCUUGACGUUCCUUUGGUAUUUUUACAGAAACCCGGAGAGCACUGACUCCUAUGCCGUGCCAGCACUGUGUUGUGUCUUCGUUAGCUUUGUGGCUGGGAUUACGCUCAUGCUCUUAUACUAUGGCGUGUUGCAUCCCAUGGGGCCGCGGGCUAAGGUCUUUGCCAGCUCCUGUUGUGCCGAGCUGCUCUGGGGCAUCCCUUUGCCCCCCGAUGUUGAGCCUAUGGCACCUCAGACCCCUGGGUACCGGGGGACCCAGGUCACGCCCACCAGAGCCGUGACGGAACAGCAGGAGGACCUCACGGCUGAUACUUGCCUGCCCGUAUUCCAAGUGAGACCCAUGGGGCCCUCCACCCCGUCAGGGCGUCCUUACCACCCAGAAGGGCCCCUGAUUAAGAUUGACAUGCCAAGAAAGCGGUACCCAGCCUGGGAUGCGCACUUUGUAGACAGGAGGCUGCGGAGGACUAUUAACAUCCUGCAGUACGUCACCCCCACCGCAGUGGGCAUUCGCUACCGAGAUGGGCCUCUGCUCUAUGAGCUGCUGCAGUAUGAGUCUUCACUCUAGAACACCUUGACCCAGAUUGAGAAGGGGACCUUAAGUUUGGUUGCGGUCAACGCCGCCUGCAAGAAAUAUAACCCUCCCUUCCCCUGCCCCAAUACACAGAACCACCACCACCGCCACCAACACCAACACCAACACUACAAAAAGACCAAUAAGUCACAUCCCCUUCAGAUAAGCUUUCUUUCCAGUCACUAUAUGCAUACGAAGAUAUUCUCUAUGUUUUGUAAGUAAAAACAAAAAGGAAACCUUUCUUUUGUUUUUUACACAUAAGAAACAGUCUUGAAAACAAAAAAGAACAACUAAAUAAUCCCACACUACAGUUCCUAGGAUGGAGAAGGACCAGCUAGCUAAGCUCCUCUCCAAAAGAAACAAA